AUGGAGAGUAUUGACGACGUUGUGGAUCGCGCAAGGCAGGCGCUGGAGGGAGUGCCUGAAGACGACGAGGAUCGAUGGAGGAAUCUGGCAGAGUUUGGAGGUCUGCUCGACUGGGCAUGGAGCCAAACGAAGUCCAUGCAGUAUCUUGAGGAAGCUAUUGAGGUCUCUGAAACUGUGGUAAAGAUCACGGCGGAGAAGGGCCUGAUCACGAACCAGGCAGAUUUCCUCGCCACUUUGCACUCCCUCUGGCUAGAAAAGUAUCACGAAACUCACGAAAUCAUGGAUCUGGACAAAAGCAUCGAGGCUGCCCAGAAAGCUGCGGAUUCAACGCCAGAAGAGGACAUAUACAAGGCCAGCCGACUGAGUGAGCUCUCGCAUCGGAUUCAUACCAAAUACAAGCGCUUGGGCCGGUUAUCAGACUUACAGGAAGCGAUCCAGUCCGCGGAACAGGCUGUAGAGGCUUCACCGGUCAUACACAGUGAGGCUACACGCGCUGGAUGGCGGAGUGACCUGGCUUUUCUCGUGACAGCAAGAUUUCGGCAUACUGGCGAGUCCAAAGACUUGGAAGAUGGGAUAUGCUACGCCAGAGAGGCGGUUGAAGUUACACCCGCCGACCACCGCGAGAGAUCGAACAGGCUGAACAACCUUGGGCACGUUCUAUACUCCAGAUACAUGUACACAGGCAGGUGCAAAGACUUGGAAGAGGCUAUUAACUUGGCGAGAGAUGCCAUUGAUGCAUUUAGCGCAACUUUGCCUCCGGACCAUCCUAGCGGACUUGAUCGUCGGUUCAACCUUGCUGUACGUCUCGGAGCUAGAUACUCGCUGACAGCUUCCGAGGACGACAUAAAUGAGGCAACACGAAUAACCCAGGAGGUAUUAUCUUUGACUCCGCACGGAAGCCUGGACUUGCCCAACCGUCUUAAUCUCCUUGGGAGCCUGCUAGAAGACCGGUACAAAAGCACUCUCAAAAGGGAGUAUCUAAAUGAGGCAAUUAAGAUCGCCAUGAAAGGUCUCGAGGUAACCUCAAACGACAGUCUCGACCAGGCUACGUUUCUGAGGAACCUUACCUUUCGUUUUGGCGAGAAGUUUCUGUUCUCAAAUUCGCUGGAUGACCUGGACUUGGCCAUACAUGCGGCAAGGAAGGCCCUUGAGAUCAUUCCCCGAGACGUACCAGAGCGACUAAGUGUAUUGAGCAAUCUUGGAGCUUUACUCGGAAAGCGAUACUCUCAGACUCUGGACGCAGGUGGAUUAGAUGAAGCCAUUGGAUUUGCUAGAGAAGCUCAAGACGCAUUCUCGGGGCCACACAUCCGCAUCGACGACAAGAUUUCCCGCAUCAUUGUCCUUCACAACCUUCUUGAUAAGAAGUACUCGCGCACCGGAGCAAUGUCUGACCUGGAAACUGUUAUUCUUGCGGCAAAGGAGGCUGUGAAAAUUACACCGAAAGGCCAUGAACAGCGUCCAGAACUCCUGGAUACUCUCAGUCAUCAUCUUGACCACAAGUAUUUCUACACCAGGACUACCGAUGAUCUACACGGAUGUAUUCAAUUCGCGCGAGAAGCUCUUGCUGAAACCUCGGAAUCUAGCCCACAUUGGGCAGCACGCUGCCAUAACUUGGGCCUCCGACUAGGCGAGCACUACUCUGCCAUCGGGAUGCGUGCAGCAUCGGACCUGAAUGAAGCAAUUCUGAUGAGCCAAAACGCUGUCAAGGCAACUCAAGAGAAACACCCGAUGCGCCCAGACUACCUGAACGGUCUUAGCAUGAACCUCGGACGACAAUACUAUGAAAAUGGACAGAGGGAGGAUCUCGACAAAGCCAUCAGGUCUGCCAGAGAAACCAUGAAGAUUGCACCAUCGGAUCACCCAGACCGCGGUUACUUUCUCAUCAAUCUAAGCAACCGCAUAGGUGACAGGUUUACUCAUACCGGCGAUGAAUGUGAUUUGACGGAGGCCACUCAACUUGCGCAGGAGGCACUGGAGGCUACUACACAACACGGCCCUCGGCUAUCAAUCAGGAUGAACAACUUGGGACUUCGUCUGAGAGACAGAUACCUGAGAACUGGUGAGAUGAAAGACCUCGACAGGUCUGUUGAACUAGCAAGGAAAGCAACAGAAGCCACUUCUACGGGCACGAAGACUCCGGAACGCAUCGACCAGCUGUUCAAUCUAUCAAUCCGGCUUGGCGAUAGAUAUCAGCGAACAGGGGAGAAAGCGGACUUGGAAGAAGCCAUCGGACUCGCCAGAGAAAGCGUCCAAUCUACGCCUGAAGGACACCCAGCUCAAGGCACUCGUCUUAAUGCGCUGGCAAGUCUACUGGGCAACAAAUAUGCCCGUUCACAUGUACUCUCAUAUUUGGACGACUCCAUCGCAUUCGCGAGGAAGGCCGUGCUAGUCGGUAAACAGGACCACUUUGUGAGAUGUGCGGAGUAUUUGAACAACCUCGGAAACCGGCUUUCUGACAGGUACUCUCAUUCUGGGGCGCUGAUUGAUCUCGAAGAGGCUAUCAAGUUCCACGACGAGGCAGUCGAAACGGUUCCUUCUACUCAUCCAGACAGGGCAGAUUAUCUGAACAACCUUGGAAACGCUCUAAGUGAUAGAUUUGAGCGGAAGGGGGAAACGGCCGAUCUUGACCGAGCUAUCGAUGUGUCUCAAGCGGCUUUGGCGGCACUUGUUCCACGGGAUAACCCCAACCGAGGACCAAUCUUGAGCACCAUUGGAAACAGAUUGAUCGAUCGAUACUCUGGAGAAAGCCACCCGAAAAGUGGACUGAUUGAAGAUCUCAACAUGGCAAUCAGUCAGAUCAACGAAGCUGUGCAGGUCACACCUGAAGGCCGCCCCGACCGAGUCAAGUUUCUGAACAACCAGGGAAAGUUCUACGGUCUCAAAUAUCGACAUUUUGAAAUGCAAUAUUUGGAUGACCUUGAGUUGGGUAUCAGCGCUGCCAACAAAGCGGUGAAUACCUGCCCCGAUGAUCAUCCUGACCGAGCUGCAGCAACAUUCAAUCUUGGGCGCUUGCUUUGGGACAGAUACUCCAAAGUCGGAGAACCAGAUGAUUUGCGAGAUGCAAGGGCAAACUUUGUGUCGACUCUGGGCCAUAAGCAAGCCCCGAUCAGCUUGCGUAUCGAUGCUGGCCGACAGUUCCUGUUAACUCCAGAUGUCUUGAACGAUACACAGCUAGCCUUCAACAUAGCGAAGCAAACCAUUUCACUGGUCCCGGUGUCAGCACCGCUCUCGUUGCGUCCAGCAGAUAAACAGUAUCUGCUUACUCAGGCUGUCGGACUAGCUUCAGAUGCUGCUGCAAUUGCCAUAGAGACUGGCGAAGGCCCGACCGAGGCCCUCAAACUGCUUGAGACUGGCCGAGGCAUCAUCGCCGAUUCGCUGCAGAAGAUCCGCGCAGACAUAUCGGAGCUACACCGCUCGCAUCCAAAGUUGGCCCAGGCUUUCGACCAACUCCGUAAUCUCAUGGAUUCAUCUAAUGCGAGCCAUGGUAAUUCCGACAAGUCGUCCAUCGAGGCCGACAUCCGCCACCUUGCCACUGCUCGAAUGGAAAAUCUGCUGUAA